AUGCGAGGAACAUUGGUAUUCUCGGGCACGUCCUGCCCUGCCCUCACUGGCAAGAUAUGUCAGAACUUGGGCAUGGCCCCGGCGGAGGCUGACCUGUCUCAGUUUUCCAAUGGCGAAACGAGUGUCCGUAUACUGACUAGUGUCCGUGAUAAAGAUGUCUUCGUUGUGCAGUCGGGCAGCCCCACCAUCAAUGACACCAUCAUGGAGCUGCUCAUUAUGAUAUCUGCCUGCAAAGGCGGUUCCGCGAGUAAAAUCACCGCUGUCCUUCCGUACUUCCCAUACAGUCGACAAUCCAAGAAAAAGUCGCACCGAGGGGCUAUCACCGCCCGCAUGCUAGCAAAUCUGCUUCACGUAGCUGGCGUGAAGCACGUUAUCACUGUCGAUCUCCAUGCUUCGCAGAUGCAGGGCUUCUUCAAAUGCCCUGUCGACAACCUACACGCCGAGCCCCUCAUUGCACGUUGGAUUCGCUUAAGCAUCCCUAACUGGAGAGAGGCCGUCGUCGUGUCCAAAAAUGCGGGCGGAACCAAGAGGGUCACUUCGUUGGCCGACGCAUUGAAGCUCAACUUUGGUCUGGUUACCACAGACCGUAAGCGCGCUCCUAACAUGUCCGCGAGCAUGAUCAUGAACCACCUCGACGGAUGGGACAAUCCACCAGGGUUCGUGAAUGGUAUUCGACAUUCGAGAACCAUAUCAGAGGACAGGGAAUCCGAGGGUAUCGGUCUGACCUGGUCGAGAGCCACGGCCGAUCCUCAAGGCUCUCCCAGGCGUGCUAAUGCACCGCCCCUGCGGACUACUAAUCCCAUGCGGUCACCGUUUGCACGACCAUAUCACACGCCAUCUCAGAAGUCUCCCAUCGAGGAAUUGAAGGAUGAGGAGGAGAACGGCGACGAGGGGCAGGCGUAUACCGAUGAACGCGCGCAGGAAGUUACACACGGGAGAUUGGUUCAAGGCCACGUUGUACCGGAUGAUUUCCCGUCUCCGGCGCAAUCGGAUGGGGCAGAUGGGAGCCAGUCAUACCAAGGCGGCGACGAGGAUCCCAUGACCAUGUCGCACGCGUCUUCUUUUUUCGCACCCGAACCCCAUGCUCUCGGCGGCUCGGGGGAUGCUGCGGAGUCGUCUGACGAGGAGGAAGAGAAACUCCAAGAUCCUAAGAUCGAGCACAUGAUCACUCUGGUUGGCAACGUCAAGGACCGCCCAGUUUUGAUAAUUGAUGAUAUGAUUGACAAAGCUGGCUCGUGGAUUGCGGCGGCCGAGACGGUCGUUAAGAGAGGCAAGGCCAAGAAGGUGUACUGCAUGGCCACCCAUGGAGUGUUUGGAGCCGACUGCCUCGAACAGCUACAAGCGUGCGAGUGUAUCGACCAAAUCAUCGUCACGAACAGCUUCCCAAUACCUGAGAGGAGAGCCAAAAACGCAAGUAAGUUGGUCAUUCUCGACCUUUCCUAUCUGUUGGCCGAAGCCAUCCGACGGAACCACUACGGCGAGUCUAUCUCGCCCCUAUUCCAACACAUGGCAGACUAA